CAGAACACACAGACCUCAAAGUGACAAGAUGGGCCUUUCCGAUAGUGAGAAGUCUGCCGUUGCUUCCCUUUGGGAGAAGAUCGCUCCUCAGUCCAGCAAACUGGGUGCGGAGUCCAUGGAAAGACUGUUCCAGAGCCACCCAGACACAAAAUCCUUCUUCAGCCGUUACGACAUGAGCCCCGGCUCUGCGGAUCUCCUGAGACACGGAGGAAAUAUCUUUGGUGCUAUUGGAGAAGCCACAAAGGGCCUGGACAGCCUAAAGAAGCACCAGGACCUCCACACCAACAAGCUGAAGCUGAGUCAGGACCACAUGAAGCUGAUAUCUAUCGCUAUCGUGGAGGUUUUGUCUUCCCACUUUGGAGGUGAUUUCAAUCAAGCUGCCUGGGAAAAGUUCCUUUCGGAAGUCGGCGCUAUCCUGACUUCCAGCUAAUCGUCUGGUUUUCUGAACAAAGCGGCUCCUAAAAAUCCAAUAU